ACUUCUUGCCUGUCGUUUUUCGUGAAGGUUGACUUUUUCAAUAAUCUGCACUUAUACAAAUGGAAGUGGAGAAAGAGCAAGAAGUCGGGGAUCUGCGCGUACUGCUCCAGUCAUGGAAUGUCGCCGAUCUGCUCCCACGCUUGGAAGAGCGGGCCAUCGGCAUAAACGAACUGCACAUGAUGAAACCACAUCACUUGCCUGAGCUGCUGGAGAACGUUGGCUUGGGAGAGCGCAUUCGCUUCGAGCAUCACCUGGAGCGCUGGCGCCAUGGGCUAAACUGGCCCCUCCAAAGCGUGCAGGAGCAGAAACACUGCCACGGUUGUCGUUGCGCGACUGACUACGCUGUGGACACUGCCCAGUCCGAUGAUUCAUUGGCUAACUCAAACGCCGAAACCGUGCAGCCCAACAUUGAGCCUGACUCAGUGGCAAAUGAAGUAAAGAAGGAUGAGAAGAACGAUGAGGACCAGAAGCCGGAAGCGCUUACAGUGCUGGGCAUUCUAGAGGCCGGCGGCGGCUGUUCAUCCGGCUGA